ACUUGUAAUCUCACGCCGGCGAAGCGGUGUUCCCCCCUAAUUCUUCCUCCCCUUUCGCGGCUUCGCUUCCGCUUCUCGCAGCGCGGCGAAUCCCAAAUCCGCGCCGAUCCGACGCGAAUCGACCGAGAGGCAGGGGAUACGAUUCGAAUCGAGACGAGCGCCAUGAACCCGAGAGGCUAUCGUAGCACCAGAACUUCUCUCUUUGAUGGCAUUGAGGAGGGUGGAGUCCGAGCAACAUCCUAUUCUUCCCAUGAGAUAGAUGAACAAGAAAAUGAUCGAGCUAUUGAUGGACUGCAGGAUCGUGUCAGCAUUCUUAAGCGGUUGUCAGGUGAUAUCCAUGAAGAGGUGGAGACUCAUAACAGAAUGCUAGACCGAAUGGGGAAUGAUAUGGAUACAUCAAGGGGUUUUCUCUCUGGAACUGUGGACAAAUUUAAGAUGGUCUUUGAGACCAAAUCAAGUCGGAGGAUGGGAACCCUGGUUGCAUCAUUCGUUGCGCUUUUUCUGCUGGUUUACUACUUGACCAGGUAGAAGCAUCCUCGCGGAAAGCUACGUCUGCUGGUGUGUUCAAGAACAUGCUGAAUAUUGAUGUGCCGGUCUACUUACGAUGCCGUACAUACCUUUGAGAACUGACUGCCCUGAAUGCAAAGUAUGUCGAUCCGGGUGUCACGAAUUCUGCACUGUAUAACGUUCACAGCGUGUUGGAUGGACUUUUUUUGCUCUGUUGCUGUAACUACAGAAAAUGGAUUCAGCUUUGUUGUCUGUUCCUCUGUCAUGCUAUGUGUAAGAUAUAAGCAGUACACCUACUUGGGAUCUUUACCAAGAUGUAUCCAGUUGGUUGCCUUGUAGCUGGACUUGUUUAAUUGUAGAAGCUUGUUUGAGCACCUGUGAGGUCGACACGUGUUGCCCUGCAUCUGGCAAAACAAAUCCAGAUCGAAGGAAUAACAA